UCAUGAUGAUGAGUCGCUACCACAACCCCGUCCUCUCAGCAAACCAGUGCGGUUCAUUCCAAGUCCAAACCAUAGACGCACCCCUUCCCCUAGUUUGGUCCGUGGUCCGCCGCUUCGAGAACCCAAAAGCAUACAAGCAGUUCGUCCGGAGUAGCACCAUGCGCGCUGGCAAUAAUGGCGGCAUAGGAAGCAUACGUGACGUGAAGCUUGUUUCCGGCUUACCAGCCAGAACUAGCACCGAGAGGCUUGAAAAGCUCGACGACGAUAUGCACAUCAUGAUUUUCAGCAUCAUUGGUGGCGAUCACCGGCUCGUGAAUUAUCGUUCUACCACAACUUUGUAUGAGAAGGCCGAGGAAAAGACGACGGUGGUGAUCGAGUCGUACGUGGUGGAUGUUCCCUUGGGAAGUAGUAAGGAGGAUACGUGCACUUUUGCGGAUACUAUAAUUGGAUGCAACCUUAAGUGUUUGGCUAGGAUGACCGAGAAGAUGGCUCGUGCAGGGAAUCUUGAUUUUUAA